AUGAUGGUGGAGGGGUACACCGGGAAGCGGCUGCGGCCGGAGGAGCCCGUCGGCAAGCAGGACGAGACCGUCCGAGAUGCGGGCCCGCCCCGUAAACGGCGGGACCUGGAGCCGGAGAAGCCCAACCAUAUCCUGCUGAUGACUGUGGUCAACCCGGUGUAUCCCAUCACCGUGGACGUCAUCAAGACCAUCUCGGCCAGCCACGGCCAGGUGCUGAGGAUCGUCAUCUUCAAGAAGAACGGCGUGCAGGCCAUGGUGGAGUUCGACUCGGUGGAGUCGGCCUCGCGCGCCAAGCAAGCGCUCACCGGGGCGGACAUCUACUCCGGCUGCUGCACACUGCGCAUCGAGUUCGCCAAGCCCGCACGUCUCAACGUGUACAAAAACGACGCGGAGAGCUGGGACUACACCAACCCGGGCUUAGGCGCCGCGGGCAAGUCGGAGGUGGUGACCAAGACGCCGCUUCUGCAGGAGCCGCACUUCGCUGCCUUUCCACUGCCUUACGGUCUGGAGGCGGUGCGAGGCUCACCGCUGUACGGCGCCACGCCGGUGCCCGAGAGUCUGUCCCUUGGCAGGUUUGCCGCCCUGGCGGCAGCGCCCGCCGUAGGCGCCGCCGGCGGCUUCGGAGCUGAGCUGGCGCUGCAGGCGUCGCCACCGGCCCGCGCCGCGCUCGGUGCCAGCUUCGCGCCGCAGCCGACCGUGGCGCCACAGUCGCCCCGACUCGCUCAACAGGGGGCUGUGCUCAUGGUGUACGGCCUCAACAAGAGCAUGAUGAACGCUGAGAGGCUCUUUAACCUCUUCUGUCUUUACGGCAACGUUAUUCGGAUCAAGUUUCUGAAGACGAAGGAGGGCUGUGCCAUGGUCCAGCUCGGCGAUGCCCUGGCAGUGGAAAGAGCUAUCGGAAAUCUCAACAACAUCAAUAUAUUUGGCAACAAGCUACAGCUCGGUUACAGCAAGCAAGCCUUCCUGAACAACGUGCAGCAGCCCUAUUCUUUGCCCGACGGCUCCCCGAGCUUCAAGGACUUCACUGGAAGCAAGAACAAUCGUUUCUUGAAUCCAGGGAUGGCCAGCAAAAACCGCAUUCAGGCGCCUUCAAAGGUGCUGCACUUCUUCAACAUGCCGCCCCAGCUGACGCCGGACGAGCUGACCGAAAUCUUCCAGUCGGCUGAGGUGGCCACGCCCCUCUCCGCCAACAUAUUUCCCUCGAAAACUGAGCGCAGCUCCUCCGGUUUGGUGGAGUUCAGCAGCACGGAGGAAGCCGUCGAAGCGCUGGUGGCCUCUAAUCACAAGUCGAUUCCGCGCUCAAGCAGCAAGUUCCCCUUCACCAUGAAGCUGUGCUUCUCGUCCUCGCGCUCGGGCGGGGCCUCAGAGCGGGCACAAUCGCCGUCGCACCCCUGCUAGUGACCUGCCAGGGCUGACCCCUGCCGGCCAGAGCCUCUGUCAGGGGCGGCCCCUGCUGUCCAGCACGCCCGCGGCGCCUGCCGCCCUGCUGUCGGCGGCCCCUGCUGUCCAGAGCCUGCGGCGCCUGCCGUCCUGCUGUCGGCAGCCCCUGCCGGCCAGAGCCCGCGUGACAUAUCAGCCUCUGUCGCUCCCCAGCCGCCCUGCCUUUGGCGGCCCCUGCAGUGUGCCGGAGCUCUGUGCACUGCUCACAAAGCCAAAGCCGGAUGGUGCGAGACUGGGAAACUCACUGGCGCUGUUGAGCGGGUGACUGAGCGAGCGCAAAAGGAGCGACGAGAGGCAAAGGCGACCGAGAGGCGGAACAAGAUGUCAUCACACCGGACAGGAAUGGUUUAAGCACAGUGCAUCUAGAGUGACUACAGAAGAGUGGGUGUGCGGCCGCUGUCCUGCGACGGCUUCACGGGCGCCUGAACAGCUCCGGGGAGACGGACGAUCGAACUGGGAGCGGCAGAUCACGACCCGCCGCGAUCACAUGGGCAGUGGCGUCCACGGCGGCGCGGCGCCGGGCUGACGUGAACGGGACUGGACUGUCGGACACCCGUCACGCGCGUCCACCAGCGGCACCACGCUGACCGGCCGCGGCGGGCCAGCGGCGCAUCCAGCUCCUGUCCGCGGAGCGUCGCCGCCGGGCGCUGUUUGUACAGAUUUGUUGUUGCAGUUUCACCGCCUUGUUGAACCAACUGCACUGCAUUGCAGUCCUGCCUGUACCUGCGGUCCAUGGCGAUGUAUCAUAUUGCUGUAGCGUCAUAGGCGUUCAGACCAGCUGUCGUUUGAAGGCCGGUUGUUUUGUUUAUGUCUAAGAAACUUGUUUCAAUGACUAUUUUAGCAAGUUCUUUCGCUGAUGACUGGUUGUAUGUCCUGGCUUGAAGUUGUUACUGUUUGCGUAUUUAAGUGUUAAUGUUAAGUCGUAAUGGCUUUACAAAAUAUCUUUGCUACUACGUAAUAUCCGUAUAGGUCCACCCACGUACUAUGCAACGUCCUAGUAGCAGACGGUUUCGCUUCUCCCCUGCCUGGUUUGUCAUGAAAGAAUUAUACCUAGUUCUGUCAUUUCCGUAGCUCAAACCAGCGAUUAAUGAACGUUGUUCUACGCGGUCUGUAAUGCUUGGUGAGCUCCAUGACUGAAAAUAAUAAAACCUGCCUACAUUC